GACCGUGAGUUCGGCCUCGUGCAAUCCGAUAAAAAAGCAGCGAAGAUCUACCGGCGUGCCGUGGAGCUCGGGGACGUGGACGCGAUGAUGAACCUUGGGACAUUGUACGAGCAUGGAAGCGGUGUUAAGCUGGACAAGAAGAAGGCGGAGCAGCUGUAUCGCGCGGCCGCAGACCGGGGCGACGCGGUCGCGCAAAACAAUUCAGGGGCUUUCCUUCAUUCUGCGGAUAAAUUUGAAGAAGCAUUCCGUUACUUCGUGCUCGCGGCGGAUCAAGGCUAUGCCCAUGCGGAGUGCAACCUUGGCGUUUGUUACAUGGACGGACAAGGCACGGAAGUCGACCUCGGCAAAGCCAGAUACUGGUUCGAGCGCGCCGCUGCCAAGGGCUACGAGCAAGCUACAAAGGCCCUCGCGGGGCCCGAGAUGCUGAGCUUGCGCGCGGGCUAG